AUGCGGGGUUUCCCUGGGGCCACGCACUCCGGCGGCUGCAAUUCCCCAGACCCUUGCGGGACUUCCAGGGCAUUGCAGACUUCCCAGAAUUGCCCAGGACACUCCCAAAGGAAGGUGGCCCACGGCCAAAAUGUAUCCAGGUCCUCCAUGUCCACCGUCUCUCAGUCGUACCCCACAACCUCUCAAGACGUGGCGGAUACGGAUGUCUGCCCACCACUGAGGGCGAGAAAGUAUACAUAUCCGUUUUUCCUCAGGGAUCCAGGGCACGACUCCGCCAUUUGUGGAUGUGGACGUUUCUUUUCCGCGCAGGUGGAAGAGGUCUGA